UCCAACGGCUGACAACGGCGAACAACGGUCUGACGUUACUGCCUUUGAAAUGGCGUUGAUGCAGUUAAAUACGCUGUUAUUUGUAGUUAUUGUCCUCGUUUAGGGUCGCUUCAGGUUUUAUAUUUUUGGUCCAGAGUCAAUUUCUGGUUCUGGCCUUUACAUUUAGCCCCUGCGGUGUUGAUAAAAAAUAAAGACGGUAAAGAAAAUUGUUAAUAAUUGACGUUGCAUAAUAAGGCCACAGCUACCACCGAGCUUGCGUAGGGAUUACGUCGGCUUUUCGAUGCUUGGCCCUGCCGCAGCUGUGCUUCGGUUUUCAAGUGAAUCUCGGAGGACAAGUGAAGUAAAGUGAAAGUGCUUCAGAUCAUCAUCACGUGAUUAAUCAAGACUUAAGUUUUUUUUUUUAUGAGGAUUAGCUUUUAGGCAUUUUACAUUAAAAGAUUGUGUCCACACACUCUCACACACUGAAUAUGGCAUCAGUGCCGGUGUACUGCUUGUGUCGCCUGCCUUAUGAUGUCACACGCUUCAUGAUCGAGUGUGAUAUUUGUCAAGACUGGUUUCAUGGAAGCUGCGUUGGGGUAGAGGAGGAUAAAGCAGCUGAGAUCGACCUGUAUCACUGCCCUAACUGUCAGGUCACACACGGGCCUCCUGUCAUGCGCAAACGCCGCGGAGGCAACAAGCAGACAGAUGGAGGUGCUGCCGGAGGAAGAGAUCCAAGUCGGCCUGUUAAGACGGGCAGUCCACAGUUUGUUAGGGAGCUACGGAGCCGCACAUUCCCAAAUGCCGAUGAAGUCUUGCUAAAGCCGUCGGGGGCCCAGCUGACAGUGGAGUUUCUGGAGGAGCAUUCAUUCAGUGUUCCUGUCAUGGUGCUGAGGCGAGACGGCCUAGGCAUGACCCUCCCUCCAUCGUCAUUCAGCGUCAGUGAUGUAGAGCACUAUAUUGGUGCAGAUAAAGAGAUUGAUGUAAUAGAUGUGUCUCGCCAGUGUGAUCUCAAGAUGCGGUUGGGAGAUUUUGUCCAGUACUACAACAGUCCCAACAGAGACAGAGUGCUCAACGUCAUUAGCCUGGAGUUCUCUGAGACAAGGCUUUCAAACUUGGUGGAGACUCCUAAGAUUGUGAGGAAGCUGUCAUGGGUGGAAAACCUGUGGCCCGAAGAGUCUGUUUUUGAACGUCCCAAUGUGCAGAAGUACUGCCUAAUGGGAGUGAAGGAUAGCUACACAGACUUCCACAUCGAUUUUGGAGGCACCUCAGUAUGGUACCAUGUCCUGAGGGGUGAGAAAAUCUUCUACCUAAUUUCCCCCACCGCAGCCAACCUGGCGCUAUUUGAGCGGUGGAGCUCCUCAUCUAACCAGAAUGAGAUGUUCUUUGGAGACCAGGUUGAUAUGUGUUAUAAGUGCUCAGUCAAGCAAGGAAACACCUUAUUCAUUCCAACCGGUUGGAUUCAUGCUGUGCUGACUCCAGUGGAUUGCUUGGCAUUUGGUGGAAACUUCUUGCAUAGUCUCAACAUUGACAUGCAGCUGCGGGCGUAUGAAAUAGAGAAGAGAUUAAGCACAGCAGACUUGUUCAGAUUUCCCAACUUUGAGACUGUGUGCUGGUAUGUUGGAAAACACCUUCUAGAUACCUUCAGAGGUUUGAGAGAAAAUCGCAGACACCCUGCCACUUAUCUGGUUCACGGAGCUAAGGCGCUAAACAACGCCUUCCGUACAUGGACCCGUAAAGAGGCUUUAGCGGAGCAUGAAGUGGAGAUUCCAGAAACCAUCAAUACUCAGACACUAGUGAAGGACCUGGCCAAAGAGAUUCGUCUGGUUGAGGACAUCUUUCAGCAAAACAUUGGCCGUACUGGGCAGCAGUUUCCUGGUUCGCCCCUCUCCAAAGCACCCCUGACCAGUUCUCAGAAUUCAGGACGUCCGCCUGGAAAAAAGAAAGGGCCUAAGCCCAAGGAAGUGUUGGGUGGUCUUGGGCCCCCGGGAAACAAAAAGAAGAGUCAGAAGGGGCUGCUUAAGGCAGAAGCAGGAGAACUUGACCUCAUUGAGAUCCACACCAAACAUACACUCAAGAAAUUUCAACCUGGCAAGUCCAAGCACAAGAACAAGUUGGAGUUGCCCUUAGAGGAGUUUGAAGGGAAGCUAAAUAAAAGCAAACUGAAACUUGUGCUGACCAAUGGAAAAAUUCAAGGUAAGAAAGAUGGCAGCAGCAAUGGUGCUGGAAGUGCUGGAAAGUACAAACAUCUCGCCAUGGAGGGGUCCAGUCUGUCUGAUUUGGAGUCUGAGGACGAGUUGCAGAUUGACGAGACCCCUCCUCCACGACGCAAGCCUGCUGGACCCGGCAAGAAAAAGAAACUAAGUGGUCUUCCUAGAAAACUGCCCAGAGCCAAACCCUGUUCUGACCCCAAUCGUAUCAGGGAGCCGGGAGAAGUGGACUUCGAUAUUGAGGAGGACUACACCACUGAUGAAGAGGCUCUCGCUGCUCAUGGAGUGAAGUGUGGUGCAGGAGGCAUUCUGGAUUUAUUGAAAGCCAGCAAGCAAGUGGCAGGCUUGGACUCUGCAGCACUCAGCGAGGAAGCCCCAGCCUCUCCCAGCACUCGUGAUGCCAUCCAGGGUAUGCUUUCCAUGGCCAAUCCCCCGUCCUCGUCGUCCUCCUCCUCCUCUUCAUCUCCCUUAUCUAUAUCUGGAGGCCUGACAGAAGGAAUGGGGGUUGUCAAGGAGAAGGGCGGCAGAGCUGUGUGGGUGACGGGAGGGGUCAAAAAGACGGCAAACCCAGAGAAGAAACCCGUCAUCCAGCGGCCUGGAAAGCGGCCAAUUAAACGGCCUGCCCGUCACCUUAGUGACGAGGACAGUCCAGACGAGCAAGAAACUCUGGGAACUUGUUUUAAAGAUUCAGACUACGUUUACCCGUCUUUGGAGUCUGACGAGGAGGAUCAUGCCAACAAGACUAAGAUGAAGCGGAAGAAAAAUUGGGACGACACACCUUGGAGUCCUAAAGCCCGGGUGAUGCCUACACUUCCCAAACAGGAACGACCAGCCAGGGAAGGGGCUAGAGUUGCCUCUGUAGAAACUGGCCUUGCAGCAGCUGCCGCCAAGCUGGCACAACAAGAGCAGCAAAAACCAGCUAAAAGGAAGUACACCAAGAAGCAGCGUCCCCCGGCUCCUGUAGUCACUCCCCCCCCUGUUCAGACUGAGCCAGCCCCACCCUCUCCAACACCUGCUCCAGAGUCCGCAGCAGACGACAGCCCAGACAGGAGGAUGGAUUAUUACUCUGCUAGUCUGUUGGACCACGAAUACACAGCAGGACCAGGACCUUUUGGCCCUGGAGGCCCUAGGGGCGGCGGAGCCAUGGCUCCCGGUGUGUUCCUCACCUCACGAAGACCUUCUCUGUCGCCGCAAAACAGCAGUUCACACUCUGGUGCAUCCCCCGCAGCUUUAGCCAGCCAAGGCAUGACAGGAGUUGGUCAAGGGAAACGGCCAAAGAAAGGACUUGCAACUGCAAAACAGAGACUUGGAAAAAUUCUGAAAAUUCACCGCAACGGCAAGCUUCUCUUGUGAGAGGUAUUGGAAAUGUGGCUGAAGACUUGGAAUGAAGAUUGAAUGAAGCAAAUACUUUUUGAAGUAGAUCUGAAGGAAAUAGAGAUAGUAAUCUAUAUUUUAUACUCUAGACACAUUUGUUUACCUUUUUCAUGUGUUAUCGAUCCUGACCAUAUGUUGCCCUGCACCAAUUACUCUGCCCUGUUCCACCUGUAUCUGCUUUAAGGUUUUUCUCGGAGGCACAUCUGUGACUAUAAGGAAAUCACUGUAAUGUACUGGAUUUACUACACUAAUGUGGUAAAUUACUCUUAAUUAUCACAUUAUUGUAGGAAAUUGUGCAAAGAAUUCCAAAAUGACAGGUAAAAAAAGAAUUUUGAUUUAACAUGAUAAAAUGACAAAGCAAAACUGUUUUUUUUGUGUUUGUUUUUUCAAGACGCUUUUUAGAGGUUUUGUUUAUGCAAAAGAUUGUACUGUCCAGCAUUAUGUUUUUAAAAGGGAAAGAAAACAACACACAUUCUAGCCUGGUAAAAUGUAAUGUUUGCAUAGCUCCCAUUCCCAUAUACAGACACAAAUGUGCAGUUAUAGUGUUGCAUUUAGCUGCCUUUUUACCUCAUAAACACAUUCUUGUGUGGUAUGAUGAUUACAGGACAUCAACUGUUCCAACAGUAAACAGCUGUGAAAAAUCCUGUGUUCGCAUACAAUGUGAUACAUGUAAUAAUACUUUUUGAGGAAUUUGCCCCUGAUGUUUGUACAACUCACUUUCCUCCUUAUACUGUGGCACAAAAUAGUGAGCGCUAAACUUUUGCAGACUGCCACCAAACCGUAAUAUUUAUUCUGUUCAUAUUUAUUUAACAAGGCAGCAUUUUGUUAUCUUUUAACCUGUUUGAAUGUGUGUUCUUACCACUUCAUCUUCCCUACUUUAAUUAUUUUCAACCAGUUAAUACCUGUACAAAAUCCAUGUCCAUUGCUUUGUUAUUUUUAUUGUAACAGUUUUUAGUUGUCGUUGUAAAUAUUUGUAAUAUUUGUAAUGUAUAUACCUACAUUGGAAAACCAGAAAAAUAUGAGAUAAACAGACUAGUUUCCUGCAUGUAGUCAUAAUUUGCUCCCCAAGUGUCGUCAGCAUUCUUGGGACAAAUCUAGAGAUGUGUUUUCUUAUCACAGGAUGUACUAGUCACAAAAUGGCAGAGGUGUAGAUUUAACCGUGUUAAUACAUUGUGAAAGUGCAGGAUAUUGAUUGAUAUGUAAAUAUAUGUUGUAAUUUAAGUUCUUUUUAUAGUUCAAAAACUUUCAAAUCUUUCGUAACAUAACUUGUACAUGAUACAUUGCUGUAUUUGGAAAAAAAAACUGAUAGUUCUUUUUUAUAUUUGUAUACAGUAACUGUCAUCCUAAGAUUAUGUUGUCUUGUUAGUGUACUAUUGGAAGUGUGCUGGAAAAAAUACCCAUGUUAAAUUUCAUCAGUUUAGUUUUCUAUUAAUUAUUGUUGAUACUCACGCUUAUGUUAAUGUGUUCUGUGUGUUUUAAACAUGUGUUUAAAUACAACCUGGAAAAGAUAAAAUAUAUCUUGGCCAAAAUUUCUUUUUUCAUUGAAUUUAUUUGAGAACCACUGAAAAACUUUUACUAAUGUGGGUUUAUUAAAAAAAAAUAAUAAUAAUAAAUUAUAGACAAGGAACAUUGUGUUGUUUUAAACACGUCCACACAGUGACAGUAUAGUUUCAUUAUGUUGACUAGACAUUAAAAAGCCACAUUAGAUAUUAAUUUUGAAUAAUAAGUGGUGAGAUUUUCUCAGGGUUUUUUUUUUUAAUUAAUUGCUGUACAGUUAUUUUUAACAUUAAACAUUAUCUCAUUGCUCAAUUUCAGAUACACUGUUCCCCGUUUAAAUUUAAAUGCAUAUGUUAUUAAAUUGUCCAGUCUUCAUUUCCUUAUUGUCCGUGACUUUGAAACACUUAUUAAACUAUAUUUUUAAUAAAGCCUGAAGAAUU